UGUGUACUACAAACAUACAAUGACUCAAACAACUCAAUGCCAACUAGACCUUGGUCCCUCCUUUGACCUCUUGAUAAUCACAAACUCACAAAACCCAAUCCACAAACCCAAAACUCCAAAAAUUCUCACUAUAUAUCUCAUUGUUUGCAAAUUUGCAACACGGCCACAUGCAAUACAAAACAAUGUCUCGUUCCCUCUCCAUCUUCUGCUUCUUUUUCCUAUUCCUCUUCCUCAUCCUCUCUGCCUCGGCUCACAGUGGCCACGAUGACGGCGACGAUGAUAGCAGUGAAAAUGGCAGCGUUGACCUUCGGGCAAGGCCAUUGGUACUGGUGAAAAUAUGGUGCUUGAUUAUCAUAUUUGUGGCCACUUUUGUUGGUGGCGUUUCACCUUACUUCUUUAAAUGGAACGAGGGGUUCUUGGUUUUGGGGACACAGUUUGCUGGGGGUGUGUUUUUGGGUACGGCUAUGAUGCACUUUUUGAGUGAUGCAAAUGAAACUUUCGAGGACUUGACUACCAAAACGUACCCUUUUGCAUUCAUGCUGGCUUGUGCUGGAUACUUGUUGACCAUGGUUGCUGAUUGCAUAGUCUCCUAUGCGUUUAGAAACGACGAAAAGGCUGGUGAUCUCGAGCUUCAAGGUGGAGUUGGGCAAGGAAACGGCACAAAAAAUGGUGUGGCUUUACAAUCACAGAAUCAGGUGCACCACUUCCUGGCUCCUCCGGGUUCGGUUGGGGAUAGCAUUUUGUUGAUUGUUGCCUUGUGUUUCCAUUCUGUUUUUGAGGGCAUUGCAAUUGGAGUUGCAGAAACAAAAGAUGAUGCCUGGAAAGCUUUAUGGACAAUUUCUUUGCACAAGAUAUUUGCUGCCAUUGCCAUGGGCAUUGCUCUCCUUCGUAUGAUUCCAAACCGUCCCUUCUUAUCAUGUGCAGCCUAUGCUUUUGCAUUUGCCAUUUCAAGUCCAAUUGGGGUGGCCAUUGGAAUCAUAAUAGAUGCCACAACUCAGGGUGCUGUGGCAGAUUGGAUCUUUGCCAUAUCAAUGGGUAUUGCAUGUGGAGUGUUCAUCUAUGUAUCCAUAAAUCAUCUACUAGCAAAGGGUUACAGACCCCAGAAGACUCUCACGGUUGACACACCCCAUCACAGGUUUUUGGCAGUGUUGUUAGGCGUUGGGGUAAUUGCUGUCGUGAUGAUUUGGGACACUUGAGAACUGAAAUUUUAGAUUUACCAUUGGUUAGUCCUGUUUUUCUAAAACACUGUUUUGCCAGUGAUCGAUCCUUGGGACAGAUUUCCAGUUGAAAGAGAACAUUCCACUGCAUAUUUGAACUUGGAAUCUUGCUUAUAUAAUUUGGAAUGGACAUAUUUAUUAGAAACUAAUACAGAGAUAGAUUGAGUGCCAA